ACACCACUUCUUAUGGCGAAUCAUCGCAACGACUCGCCCUCCGGUCUAUCAGAUAUUGAAGAGGGCGACGGCCUGCUCGGAACCGGACUGACGACCCGUCAUAUCGAGGCAUUCGGCCGUACAGUCACCUCAACCGCUGGACACUUGAUCGGACCGGCUGAACCAAACGGCACCCAUUAUCACAAUGCUAUAAGCGAUAUUCACCGCGAGUUGCGCAGGCCGACGACGCAGCGCAAAGUCUUUUCAUUGACUCAGACAACUGCGACUGAUCUUGUCCGGUCGAAGCUGUCGACGAGCGAGAUUCAGUCUCGAGCCCUCUCUUCGCUUUCGGACGACCUCCUCGCCAACAUUCCCGACGAUACCAGCUCCUACUCCCUGUUCCAAGGCUUCCAGGCUUCUCUCCCCGAAGAUGACCCCUCACAAAAACGAUCGCGGCGGCGCAAUUCGAAAAGUACGAAGCGUUUGAAGGAUGUCGAAAAAGGCGGCACUUUGACUGCGGGCCCGGUUGCGCUGAAGGAGCAGCGGAAAUCGCUGAGUCGGCGAUUGGACUUGAUGGGAAUUCGGAAAAAUAUGUGCAGUGCUGAGAUUCAUGAGAUUGACAACAAGAUUGCCAAUUUACACAAAAUGCGUCAGAUCGUGCUUGAUCGAUUAGCGGGUUUGGAGAAGGACGAGGCGUCAUUGGAACACGAUCUCACGGAACUCGAUAACAAACUCGAAGACCUAGAGGAAGAGGUGGAGACGCCUGAGCUAUCUGUCACAGCCGAAGCCACCAAGUCUUCGGAGGGCCAGGAAGGCUCAAUUACGUCUAGUGAUCCUGCCAUGGAUGCAUCGUUCAUGUCAGAAUCGAUAUACGAGAAAAUACCUGCAUCGUCACCGAAAAGUCUGAGACAACGUUCGAUACGAAAACGCUCGAUGCCAAUCCUCCAUGAACAUUUUGCGCCAGGAUCUUUAAUCAAGGAAGUCAACGCACACACCGACAUGAUCACAGCAAUCGACUUUGAUUAUCCCUUCGGCACUAUGGUCAGUGCCGCAUUGGAUGAUACUGUCCGAGUUUGGGAUAUGAACGUCGGUCGAUGCACAGGAUUUUUGGAGGGCCAUCAUGCCUCCGUCCGUUGUUUGCAAGUGCAAGAUAAUAUAGUGGCUACGGGAUCUAUGGAUGCAUCUGUUCGCCUGUGGGAUUUGAGCCGGGCUCGACCCGCAACACGAGACAGUCGUUUGAACAACCAUGAGCGAGAUCAAUUGGACGACUUUGACGUUCCUUCACCUGCUUCUACUGCCUCUAACCUGGAGGACUGCCAUGUGUUUUCAUUGGACGCGCAUGUCGACGAAGUGACUGCCAUUCACUUCAAGGGUGACACUCUCAUUUCCGGCUCUGCUGACAAGACCUUGCGACAAUGGGAUCUUGUGAAUGGGCGUUGUGUGCAGACCUUGGAUAUCUUGUGGGCGGCGACCCAGUCAUCCUCUUCUAUGGGUGAUGGAAAUUGGCGACCAUCCGGUCGUCUUCCAGAUGCAUCAGCCGAUUUUGUCGGAGCUGUGCAAUGUUUCGAUGCUGCCCUGGCCUGUGGUACUGCUGACGGUAUGGUACGUCUUUGGGAUUUGCGCAGUGGCCAAGUUCAUCGAAGCCUAGUGGGCCACACUGGUCCCGUUACAUCUCUACAAUUUGAUGAUGUGCAUAUGGUGACGGGUAGUCUUGACCGCAGCAUUCGGAUCUGGGAUCUCCGUACCGGCUCGAUCUACGAUGCCUACGCAUAUGACAAGCCGAUCACUAGUAUGAUGUUCGAUGCCAAGCGCAUCGUGGCUGCUGCCGGUGAAAAUGUCGUCAAGGUCUAUGACAAGGCUGAUGCUAAUCACUGGGACUGUGGCCCUGGUGUUGGCAUCGAUGACCAGGGUCCAGCUCCAGCGACAGUCGAGCGUGUCCGGCUCAAGGACGGAUAUCUCGUCGAGGGACGCAAGGAUGGCACGAUGGCCGCCUGGACGUGCUAA